AUGCACUACGGAGCCGUUGAUGGCAUAACGCUAGAUGAAGCGAUUUCUACUUUUAAGGAUGCUGUUGAUCAAAUCCCCAGCGCGUUGCAUCACGUGACAGACCAGUUCAGCUCAUCAAGCUCUACUACUCAAAACAUUCGCUUCAGCACAAUACAGGUAAUGACUCCAUUUGGUCUCGGGGUGGUUGAGGACUGGCGAGAGAACACCGCCGUUGCGGCAAAUCGAUUUGGAGAUGAUGCUCUACGCUAUGUCGACAAGAAAGAAGUUACUCGAGGGGCGCCAAUGGCUCGUGAGGUCACGAUCCAUAAUGCUGAGGAAAAGCGACUAGAAUUGACAGAGCGUGUGAUCUUGAAUUACGGAUUAGAUGAAAGCGGGCUAGCACUAGCUAACGGGGUGGCAAAGUAUGGGACAGCUCUCGGUGAUUUGGUGGCAGCUCCUAUAGCCAUCGCGUCCAUUCUUGUCGACAUUGGGAAAGAGUUUUACAACUAUCGUAAGAAGCAUACGGAACGCAAAGAGCUAGGAGUGCUUUCGUCGACAAGUGAGCGGCUUAUGCGACGGGAAUUCCGCCUGAAAACGGGCGAGGUGGUCGUGAGCCGUACAACGGCUGCCGCCGGUGCAGGAAUAUGUACGUACGGGGUAGCGUCAGCAAUGACGAUGUGGGCAGCUGUGGCAACUGGGCCGUUUGGAAUUAUGGCGCAACUAGUGCUGCCGUAA